AUGGACAUUCUCGACUGUCCGAUAAUUUCGAUCAAUGUUCGCGUGUGGCGUUUCUGGUCGUUUGUGCUGAAACAUGACGCGAUGCGGUACAUUAGCAUCAUCCCAGUAGGCGUGAUGAAUGUGUUUAUGUUUGCCGAUCUGUACCGAGCGUGGGGCAACAUCGAUGAGGUGAUUAUCAACGCCUUCUUUGCGGUGCUUUGGUUUAAUGCGGUGCUACGGACGGUUAUCCUGAUUUACAAUCGGGAAAUGUUCGAGAAGUUUCUACGGAACAUCGCUGUUGUUUAUAGAGAGAUACAGGAAAUGAAAGACGAGUAUAUUAAACGAAUUGUUGGAAGCUUCACCAAAAGAGCUCGAAUAUUAUCGUUGGCAAAUCUCGGAAUGGGUGCCGUUAUUAGUAUGUGUUACGUAACCUACCCAUUGUUCACUGAAGGACGCGGUUUACCUUACGGAAUGUUUAUUCCGGGAGUGAAAAUCUUCGAAUCCCCGCAGUACGAAAUUUUUUACAUUGCUCAAGUGGUUUUUACAUUUCCGGGUUGCUGCAUGUACAUUCCGUUCACCAGUUUUUUCGCAUCGACUACUUUGUUCGGGCUGGUUCAAAUCAAAACACUGCAGCGGUUGUUGAGAACAUUCAAAGCUGCUGGGAACGAUGAGAAUGGAGAAAUGCUCAAUUCAAAGGUUGCAAAAUUAAUUGAAAACCACUUGCGGGUCAUUCGUUAUGUGCGAGAUUUAAAUUCAUUGGUCACUUACAUAUGCCUGAUUGAAAUUCUCUCUUUUGGAACUAUUCUGUGUGCGUUGCUGUUUCUAUUCAAUCUGAUCGACAAUCAAGCACAGAUUGUUAUCAUUGCCGCUUACAUAUUUAUGAUAAUUUCUCAAAUCUUCACCUUCUACUGGCACGCCAAUGAGGUCCGCGAGGAAAGCAUGAGCAUCGCUGAGGCAGCCUACAAUGUACCCUGGACCGAGCUGGACAAUUCGACGAAAAAAAAGUUCUCCCUGAUAAUUGUCAGGUCCCAGCGUCCGUUGGAGAUCACGGUCGGAAACGUUUACCCGAUGACGUUGGAGAUGUUCCAAUCGUUGCUGAAUGCGUCCUAUUCCUAUUUUACCCUGCUGAGACAAGUUUAUAAUUAA